AUGGGUUCCAGUGAAGCAGAAUGUUUUACUACGACGGGAGCAGCACCACGGUUGUUUGCAGCAGCAUUGAAUGUUCUAGCGGCAACACAGUGCAUUGUUUCUAACAAGACAAGCCAAUACGACCAAUUACCUGAUAAUGACACAUUUGAUUUCAUAAUUAUUGGAGCGGGGUCGGCUGGUAGUGUUGUAGCAAAUCGACUUAGCGAAAUAAAACAUUGGAAUAUACUGCUUCUAGAAGCUGGACUUGAGCCACCUAUCGAAUCUGAAAUACCUGCUUUAGGAAUUACUUUAGUUGGAACCAAAUACGAUUGGAAUCAUGUUACUAAAAGUAAUAAGCAACAGGCAUGGAGAAAUGGUGAACUAGCGUGGCCACGGGGAAAAAUGCUGGGAGGUUCUAGCUCUAUAAAUGCUAUGUUUUAUGUGAGAGGAAGAAAUCAUGACUAUCAGAGCUGGUAUAAUGGAAGAAAUCCUAGUUGGUCAAAAGAAAAUGUAGAUUAUUAUUUCAAAAAGGCAGAAAAUUUCCAAGAUAUGAAACUUAAUGAGGACCCUUUGAUAUACAAAACCUAUGGACAUUCUGGUCCGCUUGUAGUUAAUAGUUUUAACAGCACGUACAGAUAUUUGAAUAAAAAAUGGAUAAAGUCUUGGAGUCGCCUGGGAAUCGAAUGUGUCCCUGAUUUCAAUGCUGCCAAGUAUCAAGGAUAUGGAUUUUCUGGAAAAACACGAGUCACUGCGCAAAAUGGACAAAGAGAAAGCACGUAUAAUGCUUAUUUAGAACCAAUUUCUAAUAGAAGAAACCUGAAAAUUGUUACAAAUGCUUUCGUGACGAAAAUAUUAAUAAACAAUCAAGCUCGAGCUUAUGGCGUUGAAGUUAAAAUAAAUGGAUUAAUAAAACGUUUUUAUGCAAAAAUUGAAGUUGUCCUAAGUGCUGGAACAAUAAACACGCCUCAACUAUUAAUGUUAUCUGGAGUUGGUCCUAAACAACAUCUCCUGACAAAAAAUAUUUCAAGUGUUGUUGACUUAUCAAGUGUUGGAAAAAAUUUACAAGAUCAUCUUUCUAUAUUUAUUCCGUUCUAUGGAGAUGAACUAGAAGAUGAAUUAGAUAUCAAUGAACAAUCGUUCGAAUAUAAAUUCAAAAGCGAUCUUUACUGGAAGUGUUACGCUAUUCAAACUGCUGGUACUAUAUACCAUCCUGUAGGUACAUCAAAAAUGGGUCCAGAUCCUAAAGAUUCAGUUGUAGACAACUUCCUAAAAGUUCAUGGUGUUAGUAAUUUGCGAGUGAUAGACGCAAGCAUAAUGCCGUCUUUAACUAGCGGAAAUACAAACGCGCCUACGAUAAUGAUCGGAGAAAUGGGCUCUGAUAUGAUAAAAUCGGAUUACCUCUAA